CGAACACUCUGGAGGGCAGUGAGUCCCAGGGAUACAGUACUUGUUCUACCUGUACAAUUUCCUUCAGUACAGCAGGUACGAGUACCUACGUAAUCGUAGUCAUUGUCUUGCCAGCAAAAUUUGACGAACUUGUGUCUCGUACCCUAGGUUUUCGGAUGCACGCAGGAAGUGUCGAACACCCUACCGGUAUUAGGUUUUUCAUCUUCUCGUUGCUCCUUUUGACGGAAACUCUUUUAAUCGCUCCUCUUCACUUUUUUUCUCGUUCCUUUUUGCGAUAUCGAUAACAGAAGCAUUCAUAAAUUCAUAAAAACCCAAGCAAUACUCACAAAACUACAAUGCCAGGGAACAACAACGAUUCGAUGCCCGAAGACAACGACCUCAAGGCGACCAUUCCUCUAGUCUCAUUCCUCAAGCUCGGUGAUGCAACAGUCCCUGGAACGGAUGAGCGCAAUAUGCUUUUCAUGGUAGCGCACAUUGGGUUUUUUGCCUUUAACUUCUUCAACAUCUUGUACAUUCUGGUCGUGCAGGGCAUCAUCAAAAAAGAGCUCCACAGAAACAAAAUCCUCAAGAUCACCCUGGGCGCCUGCUUUUGCCAGCUAAUGAGCUGCAUGUGCAGCAUUCACCGUUACAACACCAACGACGAGUUUUCGGCGGUUGGGCCCUUCGCCCACAUUAGUAUCGCGACAGGCCUCGUUGCGUAUGUCUUUGGCAACAGCGCCUGCGUCUUGAUCAGCCUGAAAUUCAACGCACGCAGAAGCAUCAAAAACUUUGCCGGGCUCGGCAUUGCCCUCAAUUAUUCGGUGCUUGGGGUUUCAUGCUGCAUGUCGACCGCCUUCUAUUGCUUUCUGCAGGGAUACAUCCACUGGGAUCCUGAUCCAACCAAGCUGCAAAACUUUCAACCCUUUCGCAAAUUCAUUGGUGUCUCAACGAUGUUCCAACUCUUGGCAAUUGCGCGGUGUCUGAACCAGUACCAGUACCAGUAUUCUGGCGUGUCCGCCGACAAAAGGAUUGACUUCCCCCCAAACGACCCCGUGAGAGGAUCCGUGGUCCGGAUGUUUCAAACCUGUAUCUUCCUUGACCUUGUUGCACUCGGUCUAUCUGGCACUGGAAUUCCCGUCCUUCAAUAUCCUGCUACUGGUUCGACCUUCUCCGUAUUGACCUUGUGCAGCAUCUUCGUCGGCCGCAUGAGCUUUGCCCAGGAUCCGGAACCUACACAAGGCGAGCCUGGGGGCAUGCUUCUUGCAAGUGGUACCGGCUGUGGAACUCAUACCCGUAAUGUUGAUAUCGAAGCCGGCGAAGACAGCGAAUUUCUUGACGGAAGAGAAGCGGUUCCGGUUAGAUAGUAGAAGUACCAUACAGUUGUUUUCGAGUUGGGGUUGGGGUUGUGUUACUCUUUUUUACAUUUACAAUAAAUUAUAUAAUUCAAG